AUGGAGUCGAGAUAUCGCAUCAGCGUGGUUCAGGACGCCACAUCGAUCGAGAUACACCUCACUUCGCUGAGGAAGCUGUUGCAGCACUGCGUCAACGACGAGCCGGCCAUGUCCUCAAUCGGUUUCCUUGCGCCCCUCUCCGACCACAACGCCGUGGAACAUUGGCUGCAAUUCUUUGCGACCGUCCUCUCUUCGAAUGCAAACACCAUAUUCCUCGUCGCAACCGAGGUCGCCAGCGAUGAGGUUGUGGCCACGGUGCAGGUCGUCCGGAUGGCCAAGGAGACGCACAGCUACAAGGGCGAGGUGAGGAAGCUCCUGGUUCAUCCGGCGCACCGUCGUGGUGGCCUCGGCCGGAUGAUGAUGCUCAAGGCGGAGGAGCUGUCCAAGAGCAUGCUGGACUUGGAAAUGCUGGUUCUGGAUACGGCGACGAGGACUCCCGCGAGGGAUUUCUACAUACGGCUGGGCUGGAAGGAAUGGGGGAUCUGUCCAGAGUACGCCAAGUUUGCCGACGGGCGCAAGGCAGACUGCAGCUUCUUUGUCAAGAUGCUGGCAUAG